AUGGCAGGCCGGCCCCUAGCUCUGCGAUAUGGGCCCCCUUGGUACCCCAUUUCUGAAACUGAGGUUCCUGGAACCUGGCCCAGCUGGCCUCUCACCAGCAGCGGGGUCGCCCACCACAGGAUCCCACCAGCGCCCUUUCCUCCGCCCACUCUGCAGUCUACGGUCCUGGCACCCCUGCCCGCAGCCAUGAAGCACGUCCCGCGCAUCUGGGCUUUUGACGAAGUCAUCAGCAGAUGGGAAACCACCUCGGGCUCGGCAUACACGGCCAAGACUCACGGUGGGCCCUGUGCUCAGCCCAAGGCCGCAGAACAUGAGGACCCUGGGCGGCCACUAGGGAUCAAGUCUUUGGCUGAGAAGCUAAGAAGCCAUCAGGGUUUGGGUGUCCCCCUGAACACAAAAUACCAGAUCAGCGAGAUGAAGACACAGUACACGGGCUGUCCAGGUCUGGACCAGAGUGCCCCUCUCUUUGCGGAGCCCCAACCCCUGGAGCUCACUGACCACCACCGCGGAGGCCCUUCCCAGGCCCUCAUCCCCUGGACAAAGAACCCAGAGCUGGCUGGCCAGCCCUUUACAGUGAGCAAGAUGGGUGUCCUGGACCGCCUCCAGCCCUAUCUGACAACCUCUGCACGUGACUUCUCAAGGAAAGAGCUGCCUGGAUAUCCUGGCCAGAAAUCUAUGACUUGCUGGAGCUGUCUGAAGAAGCCACAGGCUUUCAGUCAUGGUGGUCCACCGAGGGAACGGCUAGCCCGUGCACGUCCAGUACCACCAGCUGUGCCAUACCUGGGGGCCCUGCCUUUGGCCCAGGAGUCCUACGGGCCCUCAGUGCACCCGCUCCGCAGGCUGGACCGCUUUUGCCCACUAGAGGCACCCUGGGGAGGCCCCCACCAGAAGCCAGUGCCUGGCAUCUACAGUGUGCCCAAGGCCUACUGCACCGAGAACUCCCGCUAUGGGAGUGCCAGGGCAGAGCUGGUGUGA